UCGGAUAUUUCUUCAACUCGAGGUCCGCUAUCCGAAGUCGACUAUUGAAGUGUUGAUGCCAGAGUAGACAACAUUUUAUUCACAUUUCGUUGUUUUCGGAUUAUAAACGUUAUGCUUGACCACCAUCGUGGAUGUGUGUAAAGUCGGAUUGGACAAGUAGUCACGACAUUUAUCCGGUUUUCUACUAAAGGAAUGUUUUUCUUCCUCUUUUCAGCAACUAACGAUACAAGUGUUCCGCUUUUCCAGUAGGGCUGUUCAAGUACACCAGUCGGCUUUUAGGCUUUUUCUCAUGUAGCCUAGUUUUUCUUUGCAGGGAAAAGCCUUCCGUUUUUCGCGUGCUUUUCUUACGUCUUCCGGUGGAUUGUGAUUGUGGCAACUAUUUCUUCUGUAGAUUCCAUGUAACCGUGUCUUCGAGCUCAGCCCUGCGGGUUUUGGUACUUGGAUAAGAGUGACUGAAAAGUUAGGCUACUUGUCGUAAAUGGAUCGCCAUUCCAGUUUCAUUUCCAUUUGGCUACAACUGGAACUCUGUGCCAUGGCUGUUCUUCUCACUAAAGGAGAAAUACGGUGUUACUGCGAUGCCCCCCACUGUGUGGCCACGGGCUACAUGUGUAAAUCUGAUCUAAACGCCUGUUUCACCAAGGUGCUGGACCCAAUGAACUCUAACUCUCCCCUCACGCACGGGUGUCUAGAUCCCAUAGCGAACGCUGCCGACAUAUGCAGCUCUAAGAACUCAAAUGCCCUGAGUGAGGGUUUGUCUAUGCUGGAGUGCUGUCACGAGGACAUGUGCAACUACAGAGGCCUUCACGACCUGGCUCACACCAGAGAAUCAACAGACCACGGCCGGUACCAGCCCGAGAGCAACAACCGCCACCUGGUCACGCGGGUACAGGAGCUGGCCUCGGCCAAAGAGGUGUGGUUCAGGGCAGCGGUGAUCGCGGUGCCCAUCGCUGGAGGCCUCAUCUUGGUCCUCCUCAUCAUGCUGGCCUUACGGAUGCUCCGCAGCGAGAACAAGCGACUGCAGGACCAGAGACAGCAGAUGCUGUCACGGCUCCACUACAGCUUCCACGGCCACCACACCAAGAAGGGCCACAUGGCGAAGCUAGACCUGGAGUGUAUGGUGCCCGUGACAGGACACGAAAACUGCUGCCUCACCUGUGACAAGAUGAGACAGGCAGACCCGGGGAACGACAAGAUACUGUCUCUGGUACACUGGGGGAUGUACAGUGGGCAUGGGAAGCUGGAGUUUGUAUGACUUGCUUUUCUAAGUUUGUUUGACUUUACUUAAUCCCCCCCCCCUGCCCAAAAACCAGCCAAGACUGUCUCUCCUCUACUCGUUGGGUUUCCUCUUUUAAUUUUAAAAAUGAAUCCCCAGUUUUGUCUAUUUUACUUAACAGCUGUUUUUUUUUCAAUGGAGGAAAGAAAAGAGGACUGAACUGAACGCAAGCCUUGUGGUUUUUGCUAAAGGAGCACUUUACUUGAAAAUGAAAGGCAAACCAUCGAGGCUCUAUUUAAACUUGAGGACAGGACUGACCGACGGACUGAGAAAGCUCUGUCAAGACCCUGUCUAUAUGUGGAUCCUGGACUAUACAGGGAGCGCUGAAGGAUUCCAAAUCUGUCUUAUUUGCACAUUUGUAAAAAGUAAAAUAAGUUGUUUUGCUUAAAAAGAAGCUAAAUAGAAGAAGACUUUUACACUGACACCAGGGUUAAACAAAAAUAAAAUAGUUCAAUAAUUCAGUGUUGACUGUAGGUGUGUGCACUCCUCUGUGUACGUUUCUUGAUCCAAGCCUAUUGUAAAGAUUUAAAAUAUAUAUAUUUUUGUCUGAAAGAAAGAGCCUGUCCUGUGUGUUCUUCCUUACUGUGUGAAAGUGAGGAACAGAGAGCCGCGGCUCAUGUCAGAUUUCUUUUCAAGAUGUCCCCCCCCCCUGGUGUGGUUCGUGUGUGUACAGUAGUAUGUAAGAGGAUGUGUAGUGAUGAGAGGACCACGCUGCCGUGGUGGUGUGACGUUUCAUACCCAGACGGUGGGAGUGUGGGCUGCCGCGGCGUGUGUAGUUUCAGGCGGAGUGUGUUGGCCGUGUGGUGCGUGUAGGGCUGACUUCACAGUGAGGCCUUGUUUCACAGUAGUACUCCACAUCUGAGUCAUUCUUGAACCUCCUCCAAAGGUCAGGAUUUCGGGCUUCAAACACAUUCGGUUUCUUUCAUUGCCGAAUUCCUCCUGGAAGUAGUGUGGCUAUUUAUUUUAUACUCGGUCUAAUGCCAGUAGAAGCCCUCCCCAUUCAGCUCCUCUGCAUGUGUUUCAGCCAACACACUAACCCUCCUGUAGCCCAGCUUGUGUUGACGAAGAGGGCUCUUUUCUUUGCCAAGCGACGAGGCUAGUGAUUAUGCCGCAAUUGACACUCUUAUAACGCAGCUUAGAAAUAGAUCUCAAGUCUGAGGUUGCGCAUGUGGUUAUCGGGAGAGUUCAUAUGGAACCCGCAGAGUUCUAGCUUCAAUAAUGUGAAGAAUCUAUUUCCAUUGUUGUUGUUGUUUUUAAAACCCCUUCACUUCUUUUCUCCAGUCUGUUUGGUAGGACUUCUACUUUAUUACGUCCCAACACUUCCCUGAUGGUACGUGUAUUUCGCUGUAAAGCCUGUCCACCGUGAGACACAAAGACACAUCACAUGGACCAAUUUCAACCAGCUACUUUUUCCCCCUUUUGAGGAAAAACUUGGGUGGACUUUGACUGUGAUAAAUGAUGUGGAAGAAUCGAUCAUGGCAAUGUGGGAUUCUGUGUACUUGUAGGAACGUUAACGUAGCAGCCUAAGAGUUGGGCCUUCAAAAGGAACAUGUUUUGGGAACCACGGUUCAAAAGUUCAAAGGAACUGUGUUUACUCCUCUCCGUGGUAACCAAGACAGAGAGAAGGAAAGUAAGUUGUUUAUUUUAGGUCCACCUGUGUGUCUGUCUGUGUGUCUGUCUGUUUGCGUGCGUGCGUGUCUGCUGUGUGUGUGUCAGUUCCAGGCUGACCUCUUGUUUCUCUCCAUUAGGCCUUAAGGAAAACACUAUUACCAGGCUAACCACUUAACAGCAAUCUGCCUCAGCCGGGCCUCAGCCCACGCAGACACUUAGUCUCCCCAGGACUAUUACCCUGCAAUAAUAACAAGACCCUCUGGUUUAAGACAGCUAAUGUGCCUCGUGUUUUUGUUCUGCUCGCUCCCAUCACCUGCUGAUACCAGACAGGCAGGGAUGUCUGAAGGGGGAGGGCACGUACACACACGCGCACACACACCCCAGUAGUGCCUCUUGAUGCUACUGUUAGACCCCAUGCACAGUGGCUGUACAAUAAAACACUUCUCCAGGCCCAUUAGGAUCGGCUGCCAUUUUGCUGAGCGGCAGGCGGUCAGGCUGUUUGUAUUGACAUGCAAAUGUAAUGAGGCGGUCGACUGGCUCCCUUCAAAAGCCCAAUUUGUUUUUGAAGUCACUUCAAAAUGUCCCCUUUCUAACUUGCCAAUGAAUUGUUAUUGGUGUAGAUCCUGGAUGUGUCUGGAAAGGCACCCUGUUGCCUAUAUGGUGCUGUAUAUACGUAAUAGGAUGCCCUUUGGGUCUCUCUCUCUCUCUCUCUCUCUCUCUCUCUCUCUCUCUCUCUCUCUCUCUCUCUCUCUCUCUCUCUCUCUCUCAUGUGUAUACCUCUCAAGAAUCAUAGACUCCAGUCCCAGGUUUCCGCACUAGCAGCAAUGAGGGUGAGAUAUACAGCUUUUAUUGGUACGUGACAUUUUCCAAACCUCGUAGAGGGGGAGGUUAACUACCGUGAUUUAAAUCAGAGCUGUUCUCAUUUCUUCUCUCCCCACCUCGCUGGCGAUUAAAACGCUCAUGCAGUCGGUGCUGUGUGUAUAUAGGGAUCCCAUAGACUAUUCUGUGCCCUGUGUUAAACAAUAUAUGAAGUGUAAACACACAUGGGACCUGUUAACACCUGCACAUAGUAAUGGGUCAUUACACAGCUUUUAUAGCCUUGAAUGUUAUUCUUGUUUUUCCCCUCUUCUUCCUCUUCCUCAGGCUCUAUAGAGAUUUCAGCUUAUCCCAUGUUGAGCAAUGCUGAGUAAUAAAGAGACUCAUGAUCAAUUAGUUAUUGGUGAAGAUUACAGGUGAAUGCUUCAGUAGCAAACUCUUGACUCCAUAGAAUUUACUCACAGUACACAAACUGAUAUGUGGAGAAGCCUAUAUAUAUAUAUAUAUAUAUAUAUGAGGACACACACUAUAAACGGUUUCACAAAUGAACUCUGGGACCUUUUCGCUUUUCAGAGAUAGUUCUUGUAACUCCUGUGGCCUGUCUUGAAAACAUACGCCGUAUAAAUGACCCCACUGAAGACUAUUUAGUUGUCAGCCAUUAAAAUAAAUAAAAACAUUCUCAAAAACAAACAAUGUGUCAUUUUAGAGACCAUACAAUUUAUACGUUCAAGAAAAUAGACGUUCCUGUUGGCUUCCCACCGUGACGAUACAAGUGACAGUCUGUACCGUUGACGAAUGGACAUCCGUUUAAAUAAGACACGGAAUAAAUAUUUAUUCCGCCCAAAGGCAAGUUCACUUCCUUUGAAUGGAUACAACAUGGGUUGGUCCCUGUCCUCCUUGACCUUCAGCCCAUCUAAACAUUUAGCCCUGCAUGUUGUUAACGUUUAGAUUUGAAUCUGCCUUGAGAAAAAUCAAGUUGGGAAUGUUUACGAGAUCCGGCCUGGGGCUCUUGAAGCUUAAUGUCACCGUGUGUAAAUAGGCGUUUUGUGAUGUUUUUUAAAAAGGGUUUUAAAUCAAACACUAGCUCUACAAAUGAAAGAUCAUUAACAGAGGAGUCCGAGACAGGAGACAGAGAUUGAUGAUGAUGGUCUUUUGUGGCUCAGUUGGUAGAGCAUGGCACUUGCAAUGCUGGGAUUGGGGGUUCGAUUCCCACGGGGGACCAGUACUAGUGUAAAUAUAUGCAUUCACUACUGUAAAUUACUCUGGACUAGAGCAUCUGCUAAAUUACUAACAUGUCAAAUGAAAUACAAUUUCAGGAUUACAAAAAAGUCCCAAAUAGAUACUCCAAUGUCUAUGUAUAGGUAACAAACCAUGCUCCUAGUCAGUUGUCCUGUUGGUUUGCAGAGAGAAGAGCCCUGAGCUUCAGUGAGGAGGCUGGAAGCCACCUAAUGUGUCUCCAUGGCUGGUUUUGAGACUAUUUUUUAGAGCCCAUUAAGGAUCCAGACUGGGCCUUGUGAUGAGCUGUCCCCAACAAAGCCUGAGUGCAUACACAUACACACACAUUUAUUGGCCCCUCACCUGACCCUGAAGACAGACAGCAGAAGACAAUGUCAACCUCGCUUUAGAGCCUCUGACACUUCUUACCCUCAGAGACCCACUCAUCUCUCUUUCUCGCUCUCUCUCUCUCUAUGACCACUCAAACUCCCACUCACGGCUGACAUGGAUAAGCUUAUAUUGCCAGUACCCAACAAGGAAGGUUAAAAUGGCCUCUCAUGUAGUCUGAUGUUAUCCAAGUCAGGUGGUCCUAGUCAUACAUGUAGGGAAUAUAGGCCAUAUUUUAAGACUACAUACUGCAGCAGUUUGGAUGUACUAUGCAGGACCUCCACUUUCUAUUUGACUGAAAUACCAACUCCCACCUUUAUGCCACAUCCUGCUGUUAACGUGGUCCCUAUACCUCCCGACACACUUCUGUAGUAGAGGAGAGAUGGAGUACAUUAUCAGGUGCCAACUGUGAACACAGAGAAUGACAACAGAGGCUGAACAUGAGCAGAACAGAAGUUGAAACUGUUCAAUAAGCCCUCCCACCCCCCAUAAUAAUGGCUUUCACAAAGUAAAUUGGCAGCUGGCCAGUCAGGCCUCUCUCUCUGUGAACAGAGUAGGGACAGUGAGCAGCGGCAACACCUUGAGGUGGCAGCUAAAUCCCUGGUCUUGUGUGUGUGUUAGUUGGCAGCCAUAUCUCCGGGUGGGAUUGUGCAGGGAGGUUAUUAUGUGUGUGCAUUGUGAGACCUAGAUCCCAGGAAUUACCAGACUGAAAGGACAGAUUAAAAGGAUUGCAGGCAGUCAAAUGUCCAGAGAAUCUAAUCCUACAAUAACAGAUAAGACUGGACUUGCAUCCCAAAUGGCAUCCUAUUUCAUAUAUGGUGCACUAUGGGCCCUGGUCAAAAGUAGUGCACUAAAUAGGGAAUAGGGUGACAUUUGGGAUGCAGAUUUUAUAGCCUGCCAGGUGAUGAAUGGGCAGUGGCAUAUCUCAUCCCAGUUGUCACACUUUAGCUUUUAAAACCAGGUCAGAUCAGAUGAUAUCUUGGUCACUGAGAUAUUUGAUUACAGGAGCAGCACUGGUGUUUAGAGACCCAGUAUGGGUAGUUUUCUCUAUAGAGCGUGGAUGGGUGGGUGUAGCCUGGGUCCUAACCGGAUUGUUCCGUUUCGGGUGGGUGGCCAUUGUCAAGUGACACCCAAUAACGUGCUGUGGAAAAAUGUGCCCAAUGUAUUUCACAGGGAGGGAGCCAAACUAAAUCAACUACAGACGGACAACUGGGACAUGGAGUCUAUAAGUGAUAAAACCGCUCCUGACAAAAUGAAUUUAUCUAUUUGUUUAUGUUUGAGAAAUUACUAACUGACAUAUCUACAGAUGUAGGAUCUUAAUUUGAUCAACAGGUUGGCUCUUGCAGGAAAACUUUCUUGCAAUGCAGGAAAUGUAAAACUUGUAGUGUAUUUGAGGUUAAAAACGGAUACUGAAGUUUGUAAUUUUCACUUAGAAAUUUCAAACUUGAUUAUCCCAUACGAAAAAUGUAUCGAACUCCUACAAAAAUGUUAAUUCAUUAUCCACAUAAUAUUAUCCACAUAAUCAUUCAUAUUUCCUGUUGCAGACAGAUUAUUUUCCUGCUGUAGCAAACUGGCCCAAAUUCAGAUCAUGCAUGUGUACCACAUGUUGGAGUACGACACCACUGCAGGACAAAGUGAAAUUAGACAUUUCGGCUGCUAUGUCCCAAAACACUGGGGGUAAACGCUGGAUAAUGAUUCUCUGAGACGUUUACAACACUUUCUGGGGAACGUUAAACUGUAGGGUUUGUUUGGGAAAAGUGUCCUAUUAACCAUUAAAAAUCAAUAUGUUUCCAAAAUGGCACCCUAUUACCUAUAGGGUUUUGGUCAGAAGAAGUGCACUAUAUAGAGGAUAGGGUGUCAUUUGGGAUGCAACCAGGGACAGACAUGUAAAGACGUUAGGUGGUGAUGAAAUCUUUCAAACCCAUUUUUUUAAUACAGUACAUACACAUGGAAAAUCAUGUUUGGCAUAUAGGCCUAUAUGUGAUUGUUGUUAUGUACAGUUUAUAAACAUGAUAUUCAUUCUGUGUGUAAAGUGUUCAUGUAUGAGCUCUGCAACCCCUCAAUCCCUUAUGGGGGAAAAAAAUAACAAUUUCACAUGUGAAACCAUGUUGUUUUGGAACAUUUCUCAUGUGAUGUUAUUUCAAAUAAAGUUUCACAUGUGGAUUUUCAUGUGAUCACAUAAGCUUU